AUGGAGUACGAAAUUGCUGAUUUUAAUAACGUUUUGAAUGGCAGUGAUUGGUCAAUCACAGCACGUGUACUAAAAAAAUCCGAUGUUCUUCCAUUUAAAAAUGGCAAUGGAAAAUAUUUUUCAACAAUAUUAAUUGACAAAACUACUGAUAUAAGAGCUACUGCUUUUGGAGACGAUGUUGACCGUUUAUUUUCACAACUUCAGGUAAAUCAUGUUUACAAUAUUAAAAAUGGAGAAAUCAAAAGAGCAGAAAAGGCAUACAACAAUACAAAACAUGAUUAUGAAAUCAUUUUUAAUAGUUCAACAAUUAUAGAGAGGUGUGGAGUUACUGAUAUUCCCAGUCAUCCACAGCUUAAAACAAUUGAAAAUGUUUUUUCAAUGGUUCUAAACACUUUAAUUGAUACUAUUGGAAUAAUAAUUAAGAUAGAACAGUUAAAGACAAUUAAAAAAAAUAACUGUAAUGAUAUAUACAAAUUAAGAAAUAUCAUACUAGCAGACAGUACUGGCAGCGUUACCGUUACUCUAUGGAAUACAGAAGCUACUGAUUGUAAUGCCAGCGAAGGGGAUAUUAUGUCAAUAAUAGGAGGAAAAAUUAUUGAUUUCAAAAAUGUUAAGAAAAUAAGUGUGACUGGAUCUUCAAAAAUCGAAAUUAAUCCUUAUUGGAAUGAAACCUUAGAUCUCCAAAGCUGGUACAAAGAAUUUGAAAAAAAAAAACUUUUAAAUCUAUCUCAAGUGUCUGUCGGUUCUCAAGAACUUCAUAUGUUUGAAAUUUCUCAAAGUAAUAGAAAUACAACUGAAUACGAACGUAUUUUGCAACAAAACAAAAUUGAUGAGGAUUUGAUUUCUAAAAGAUUACUGGAGCUGAAUGACGAAGAGCAUAAGAUAAAAACGGAAAGAGCUGAUUUAAAUUUUAAGAAACAGCGACUUUCAAUCGAACGAGAGAGUAUUAAAAGUCAUUUGGAAAACUAA